AUGCAUACACAAAACAUUUUGACACCCAUCAUGAGAGCGUUCCAAGGCCUCUCAGCGCUUAUUUACCUCAUACACCUGGCUAAGAGUACCGAUGCACAUCCAGAAUCAGGCCAACUCGCGCACGAAAAAGACAAAAACAACCAGUUCAUCGAAGCGAUAGACCAUCGACUUCUACAAAACUAUGUUAAUCCAGAACCCACAUCGGCACAGUUGACCCCUGAGCCUACCGCGACGGAACAACCCACACCUGAACCAACCUUGGCACCUACAACCCCUGAACUUACCACAAAAGAACCCACCUCAGCGCCCGCGACCCCUGAACCGAGUGCGACGGAACAACCCACACCUGAACCCACCUCGGUGCCUACGACCCCUGAACCUACCAUGAGUGAACAACCCGCACCUGAACCCACCUUCAGUCAAGCCAAGCCAACCCAAGAACCCACGUCCACGGUGCAGCCGACACCUGGAGCCACCUCUACGCCUGCGACGCAUGAACCCAUAACGACGAAUCAACCCAGUCGUAUACCCAGUUUUGGCAACUUGCCACGCACACCUCAAGCAACGUUGGUGUUGGUGUCCUUGGAACCCACGAGGAAAGUUCCGUCCUCCACCCAACAUACCCCAAUUGUGGUUCCUGCGUCGACCUCCUCCAAUACCACAAUCUACAGUCAAGUUGAAUGUGAAGCCAAGUGCAUUGGCGCUGUCGAAGUCUACAUCUACAACGCAGGCUACGUCACCAGUUGA